CCAGGCCCAAAGCCAAUUGUCAUUAACCUCGACCAUCCUCUUUCUCACUCUCUCUCAUGGCUAUAAUGGAGUCUCUUUCCAUCAUCUUUUCUUCUUCUCCACCCAUCCAAAACCACCCUAAGACCUUCGAAUUCCCCACCUAUAAGCUCAAUUCGCAUCAAAAUAAUUUACCUCUUCCCAAAACCUUGUCACUCCAAAACCAUCUCUCACAACUCAAAAACUCUCUCUUAACCAAAACCUCAGUUUCUUUCACUACAAUUCAGCUCCUCACUUCUCUUCCUUCACUAGCUUCUGAAACUUUAACCUCCCAAGCUGAACAAGUCUCCGACAAAAUAAGCUUGGAAUCAAUCUUAGUCUCAAUUGAUGAUUUCAACAACCGAAACCCAUUUUUUGUUGCUGGCUGUACCUUCAUUUGGCUGGUUGUUAUACCUCUUACUCAACGGUACUUGAGGAAAUACAAAUUUAUAUCUGCCAUUAAUGCAUUCAGAAAACUUAAAGAGGAUAAGGAUGCUCAACUUUUGGAUAUUAGGGACAAGAAGAGCGUGAAGGCUUUGGGGUCUCCUAAUUUAAAGAUUUUGGAUAAGAGUGUGGUUCAGGUAAUGUUCUCUGAAGAAGAUGAAGAUGGGUUUGUAAAGAAUGUGUUGGAGAAGUUUCCAGACCCAGCAAACACUACCAUGUGCAUUCUGGAUAAUUUUGAUGGUAAUUCAAUAAGAGUAGCAGAGUUGUUGGUCAAGAAUGGAUUCAAAGAGGCUUAUGCAAUAAAGGGCGGGGUCAGAGGCAAAAAGGGGUGGUUGGAAAUACAAGAAACCCUUUUGCCACCUUCUGUCCAUAUGUACCCCAAGAAGAAGAAGGCUAAAAUCUUACAACUCGGAAUUAAUGGAGGAGUUAGUCGGCAGAUGGAAGAAAAGAAUGGCACUCCCUCUUCUGCAACUCUCUCAACAGCAGAAAGCCAGAGAGUGGAUAAUGGACAUGUAAACAAGUUGGUGAAAUCCACAGCUCAUAUGAAGAUUGAUUGCAGAUCUCCUUAUCCUAAUUACCCGGAUUUGAAACCUCCCUCUUCUCCUACCCCAUCAAAGCCAUGAAGUUGCUGCAACUCAACUGCUUGGAAUCAUCUUGUUUCUGCCUUGAAGCUCCUUCUUUUCCACAGGGCAGCUUUUGUGUGUGGUUAUUAAUAUGUUUGAUUGAUUUCCAAAUUUUGACAUUCAUUGGUUGUGUAGAUCAUGCGGAGAAUGUAGAAAAUGACAUUUUGUUCCCUCUCAAGUGGGAAUCAUCUGUAAUUUAGUGCAUUAGCCAUUAUUAGUUCUGGAGAAUAUAAUCCUAUUAUGCAAAAUAAGUCUUGGGCUUAUUUUGUUCAUACAUUCUUACUCCA